AUCCGCUUAAAAAUUAAACCCGCAAAGAAAGUCCAACGAAGAAGAAGUAGAGUAGCCUCUUGCUAGCGGGUUAGCCGUCUUUUCUGUUUCGAGCUGUAAAUAUGGCUCCUUUAGACCUCGAUAAGUACGUUGAAAUCGCAAAACAUUGCAAAUAUUUGCCAGAAAAUGACCUAAAGAGAUUGUGUGAUUAUGUUUGUGAUUUGCUGCUGGAAGAGUCGAAUGUUCAGCCGGUUGCGACUCCCGUUACCGUUUGUGGAGAUAUUCAUGGUCAGUUUUAUGACCUUUGUGAACUCUUCAGAACCGGGGGCCAAGUCCCAGACACCAACUAUAUUUUCAUGGGAGACUUUGUUGACAGAGGAUAUUACAGUUUGGAGACUUUUACAUACCUACUAGCUUUAAAAGCCAAGUGGCCAGACCGCAUCACUCUUCUGAGAGGAAACCAUGAAAGCAGACAAAUAACUCAAGUGUACGGCUUUUAUGGUAUGUACGACAUAAGUGUGUGCUCAGAAGGUUUUCGGUCUUGUUUGUUUGUAUCAUCGGAUCAAACUGAUUUCUGUUCAGAUGAAUGUCAAACAAAGUAUGGGAACGCCAACGCCUGGAGGUACUGCGCCAAAGUGUUCGACAUGCUGACUGUGGCAGCUUUAAUAGAUGAGCAGAUCCUCUGCGUUCAUGGUGGACUUUCCCCAGACAUCAAGACUCUGGACCAGAUCCGAACCAUCGAGCGCAACCAAGAGAUUCCUCACAAGGGAGCCUUCUGUGAUCUGGUGUGGUCCGACCCGGAAGAUGUAGACACGUGGGCUAUAAGUCCUCGAGGAGCUGGGUGGCUGUUUGGAUCCAAAGUCACCAAUGAGUUUGUUCAUAUCAACAGCUUGAAGCUCAUCUGCCGCGCUCACCAGCUGGUCCACGAGGGCUACAAGUUCAUGUUUGACGAGAAGCUGGUGACCGUGUGGUCGGCCCCCAACUACUGCUACCGCUGCGGGAACAUCGCCUCCAUCAUGGUGUUCAAGGACGUCAGCAGACGGGAGCCCAAGCUGUUCCGCGCCGUCCCGGACUCGGAGCGCGUCAUACCUCCGCGGACGACCACGCCCUACUUCCUCUGAUGAGCCCCACAGAUGCUCCUGAAAAUUAUUUAUAUGCAGCUGAUCGAAACUACAAUAAAUUGCCAUUCAGGGUCGACAGCUUUUUGUGCGUUUUUGCUUUUUGUAAAGAGGCGCCACACCCACCUUCCGCCUAAAUUAGAGCUGUUGAAAUUGGAACACUUGUAUUAGCCGUGUUGGCAUAGAUGAUUUUUAUUUUAAUCUCACAUUUCUUAGGAACUGUUUUUUUUCUAGAUCCUUUUUCAUUUGUGGUAAAGUGUUGCGUCUGUGUGAACCGCGGCGCUAAGCCCACCACAAUUUAGAUCCAGCUUUUAAUUUAUUUGACAACACAUUGAAGGGCACAAUUUUUACCAUUUUAUUGCCAAAAACAUGCUCUCGUUUAUCUGAGCCUUCUUUUCCUUCAGCUCAUCCUGCGUCUGGCUGUCACAGGAUGAUCCAUGCUUCUUAGGGUUUCCUCCGACAGAGCUUUGACGAAGAUCUGAUCUCUCACAGCAGCUUCAUCUCUUCCUGUUCUGAAAUUAAAAGAAAAAAUGUUCAGUAGAUUUUGUGAAAAGUAGUUGCUCUACUCAUGAGAAAUGUCAGUGUUGUAACUACUGAGAAAAGGAGUGACGGCUGAUGUGAACGCAUUGAUCCAGUUCCUCUGUUCUGGUUUCUUCAGUGUCUUAUGUAUCAGAGUAACUUUUUGACAUUAAAUUCUUGGUCAUCAGAAAUGC